AAGAGGAAGUGCUAUCUCUGCUUGUGAAUGUGCUAGAGCAAAUCAUUACAUCUAAUGUGUCUGUUUGCCCUGGUUUUGCAUGAAUCCCGUUCCCUGCUGGUGUUACUAGCUGUCCUCAUUCACAAGAGAUGACCAAAGGACACAAGUUCUGUUACUGAAAUGGACACCAGGAACUUGCAAAGUUAUCACCAGAAUACAAAACUGGGAGGAAACAUUCAAUAAGAGUUUGGGUGACAUCUUGCGUAUUGUAGCAUGGAAGGUGCUCAAGGUAUCAGUUCCUCCACACAGAUUCUGGACAUCCCUCCGAUUGUGAUGGAAGAGUUCUGUCGUUGUAUGGACUGCUUAAAUGAAUGGGAAUGGAUGCGUUUUGCAUCACACAUUAUCAGCGACACAUUGGCCUUGCGGAGGAUUCACUUAUUGCAAAGGACGGGGAUCAGCAUCACCAGAGAACUUUUGUGGUCUUGGGGACAGAGGAUGCCAACUAUUCAGGACCUGGUAGACAUUCUCAGAGAUUUAGAGCUGUAUAGAGCCAUGGACAUUCUGUUGCAGGCAAAGGCAUCUCCAGCUGUCGACAAAAAAGAAGGAAUCUUAUCUGCAUGUGAGAAGAACAAUAGGUCAAGUGAAUCGAAAACUCAAGUCUCAUCCAGUUCAGAUAUCCCAGCUUUGCCUGUUGUAUCACCUCUACCUCCUCCUCCACCACUGCUCCUUCUCAACUCCGUGCAGUUAGAUCAGUCAGACUCAAGCGUGGAUAUGGCGUCACCCAGUGAGGAGCUUCUAAGUAUCCCACAGCAGGAGAGUAGCUUGGUUCCAAGUAGUUCCUGUAAGCUUUGGACAGGAGCGGAAGUAAAGGAAGCCACUGAGGGAUUCAGUAGUGGCAAUAAAAUACAUUGUGGUGAAUUUGCUGAUAUUUUCAAAGGCCGAAGGACAGGCAAUACGUAUGCAGUGAAGUGUCUUAAACAGGAAGAAAGCAAGCCGCAAAACGGCAUGGGUUCCUAUUUCCAGACAGAAGCACAGAUAAGUUUUCGUUGUAACCAUUCCAACCUCUUGCUGCUGUUGGGUUUCUGUGUAGAGGACGGUCAAUGUUGCCUCAUAAACAAGUUCAUGAAAAACGGAUCAUUGGACACUGCCUUAGAGAAGAAUGGAGCAGACAUCCUGAGCUGGGAGAAGCGACUUAGUAUUGCAAUGGGACUUCUACGAGCAGUUUGCCACUUACACAAUAGUGAGAUAUUCCACGGUAAUAUCAAGAGCUCCAACGUGUUUCUGGAUGAAGACCUCUCUCCUAAACUAGGACAUUCUGGCCUUCGUUUCUGCCCGGACAAAGCAGCAAAUUACACUCAAGCAAAGACUAAGGACUUACAGAAAUACAAUGCCUACCUUCCUGACAGCUUCCUGAGGAACAAACAACUCACUGGGCAAACUGACCUAUUUUCUUGUGGAGUGGUCCUAACAGAGAUAUUGACGGGUAUGAAGGCCUAUGAUAAAGAUAGACAGCCCAUGUAUCUGAAAGAGCUGAUUCUGGAAGAAAAUGACAAAGUAAUAGGACUGACAGAGCCCAGAAGUAAAAUGGCUGGGGACAUGAUGGCGGAAAGCCUGUGCGCGAGACAAAUAAGCCAAAAGUACACUGACACAAGGGGAGGCAGGCUGAUGGAAAAUGCUGCAUUUUAUUUUGCUUCUGCUAUCUGCUUGUGUCUCACCAAGAAGAAAAUAGUGGCAUCAGAGGUUUAUGCAGUGCUGGAAAAAGCAGAGCAUUUGUUCAGAGGAAAUAAGAAAACUAAAAGCAGACCUCUAGAAUCCAAAGAGAAGAAAAUUAUGUCAUUGAACACCCCAGAAGAAAUGGAUGACAGUGAAGACUCUCCCCUUGAGUACACAGGAGCGGCUAUAUUUGAACUCCCCAGCAGCUCAUCAAAAUAUACAGAUUCUCCUGAUUUCAAAAUUACAAAACAAAAUAACCAAGCUACCAAUAAAGAUUCCAAAAGGAACUGUGUUAAGCAUGAUGAAUCUGACACUUAUUGGUUACCUCCAGGACCAGAUGACUUGUAUUGUUCUGUGGAAAUGUUGUCUUCUUCCGAUUAUCAACCUACCUCAUCAACUGCUGGCGCACAAGAUGAAUCAUGUGUAAAAGACACAAGAAACAAAAAGGAGAAAAAUUACCCUUGUGAGUCUUCUGACUCAUCCUUUUCAUCCUCAGGCAGCAAUCUUCCAUCUUGGGAUAUCAGGGUGAACAAUGAAAAGAAGAAGCUAAUGGAAAAUAUUGAAUUGUACAAAGAAGAUAGACUGGACAGCACUGAUCUCUUUGAAUACUAACAACUACCUAGAUCAACAAUAGUUACAUGGACACUAAAGAUGUGUAUGGAAAAAAAGUAAACCAAAACCAUAUUUACCAUUUUUUCUU